AAUAGUAGCAGUUGACAGUUGCAAGAACGGAAAGUUUGAAACUGUGUCUGUCCUUUUACCCGGCAAAUUCCUUCUGAAUUCAAACAAGAAAGGCAACAAAGAGAAAAUUUUGCAAAAACACACACAACAACACACUUGAACUUGAACUCCAUGCGUGCAAACACAGCACUUGUUUUCUAUUGUUUUCUCUCUCUAAAUCGCUUUUGAUUCUCUCUGAACAAUCCACCCUUACUUAAUAUUCUCCUCUUCAGCAGAUUCCCUCCUCGCCCACCCCACAACCCCUUCUUUCUCCCUUUCUCUUCAUUGCUUUCCAAGCCAAGAAUCUCUCUGAUUCCCCCCUCUCUCUCUCUUUCAACCGCUAUUAACCCCAUCCCCAAUGCUCCCUUCUCUGUCAUUUUCAUUCUUCUUCUCUCUCUCUCUCUCUCUCUCUCUCUUAACAUAUGGCUCCUUCUUCAGAUAUCAAUCAUCUUUCUCAUCCCUGUAUAUAUGGGGAUUAUGUUUCUUCACGGUCAGAGAGAAAGUCUGGUUUUAUGAAAUGGCUUAGUAAGCUUUUCAGAGGUGGGUCCACUAGAGGAAGGGGUGGUCGUCAUCUGCAUGAGCCAGCAGAGGAAAGCAUGGUUUGGGGUGCUCCAUCUAAAGCGUUGGAUGAUCGCGCUAGAGCUCAGAAGGAGAAAGAGGACCUAGGCCAGGCAAUGGCACUUUCUUCAGCCGAAGAUUUAAAGAGACCAAAUGCCCAUCGAGGAUAUAGUUGGGGGGAAGACAUUGGUGAUGAUUACUCAAAGGCACUUGAAGAUACCCUGAACUCAUCUGCACACCCUCCAUAUGCCCCUGCACCAUUUUAUCCCAGAGAAUAUAGAAGAAUAUGUGGUGGCUGCAACCAAGAGAUAAUCUAUGGAAACUGUUUGGGAUGCAUGGAUACUUAUUUUCAUCCAAACUGCUUUCGCUGCCACUCUUGUGGUUACCCUAUCACAGAGCGUGAGUUUUCCUUGUCAGGGAAGCAUCCAUAUCACAAGUCCUGUUUUAAAGAGUUGACCCACCCAAAAUGCGAAGUUUGCUUCCAAUUUAUUCCUAUAAAUGCUGCUGGUUUGAUUGAGUAUAGGUGCCACCCCUUUUGGUCCCAAAAAUAUUGUCCAUCUCAUGAAUAUGAUAACACAGCUCGUUGUUGUAGUUGUGAAAGAUUAGAGCCUCGGAACAUAAAAUACUAUAGACUAGAAGAUGGAAGGAGUUUGUGCUUAGAGUGCAUGGAAUCUGCUAUAAUGGAUACUGGUGACUGCCAGCCACUGUACCAUUCUAUAAGAGAUUAUUAUGAAGGAAUGCAGAUGAGAAUAGAUCAACAAAUUCCCAUGCUUCUUGUUGAGAGAGAAGCGCUCAAUGAAGCUAUUGUUGGAGAAAAGAAUGGUUUCCAUCACUUACCAGAAACAAGGGGCUUAUGCCUUUCAGAGGAGCAAACUGUCACCAGUAUACAUAGAAGGCCAAGAAUUGGAGGCCAUCGACUAAUAGGAAUGAGAACUCAACCUCAAAAGCUGUCUAGAAAAUGUGAAGUUACAGCAAUUCUUGUUCUAUAUGGUCUUCCGAGGUUGCUCACAGGUGCUAUACUUGCCCAUGAAUUGAUGCAUGCCUGGUUACGCCUUAAAGGUUACCGAAACCUUAAUCCUGAAGUAGAGGAAGGCAUCUGUCAGGUUCUUUCAUAUAUGUGGCUGGAGUCAGAAGUAAUGCCAAGCUUUCAAAGCAUGCCAUCCACAUCCACAGCUGCUGCUUCUUCCUUUUCCUCAAAGAAAGGUGCAAAAUCUCCCGUUGAAAAUAAAUUGGGUGAAUUUUUCAAGAAUCAGAUUGCCAAUGAUUCUUCCCCAGCUUAUGGUGGUGGCUUUAGAGCUGCUAAUGAAGCUGUUAAUAGAUAUGGUUUACGUAGUACCCUUGAGCACAUUCGUUUGACUGGAUUUUUCCCACUGUAAUAAGAACGCAAGUUCUAUAAAAAUGGAUAAAGUGCUUGGAUCGGUUCAAAGUAAAGUCAGAAACUUGGACAACUUCAACUAUUUGGGUCCUGUGAGGAUGUCCAAGUCUAAUGUUACUAAAAAAAUGCAUGACUAGUUCGUAUUCAACUAAUGUUAUUUUCCUUGAC